UCCAAACAGUUUUUAUUAAAACAUUUGCAUUUUAUGCAGGGUUUUCGCUCUUCACCUCAAAGAGAACUCACCUUCUCUUUAGGGAAUGUUAGUAAAUCUGCCUUUCUACUGUAGGAACUCAGAAGCAAAAUACGGUAAAGGGGUCUGUCUAAUUGUGUUUGUAUUCAACACAGUAUUGAUAUAAGUGACAGAAGGACAUUUACAUAUAAGUAAAAGAAGAACAUUUACGUUGCAUAAUAAGUUACUGAGCACCGCUUUGUGUUUUUGACGACUAACAAAGCUAAUUUAUUUCUUCUCAGGCAUGAUUCAGUUCCAAAGCAAAAAUUCGAUGUCAUUUGAAUGAGUCUGCUUUCAAUUUUAGAGUCCAAUCAAGCCCCAGUAAAGAAUAGGAAGAAAUCUAUUUUAUUGUGGAUAAUAAAUCUGCAAAGGCUCAUGUAAUCAAAGAAGUUUCUUUGUUGUGUGUAUCUUUUCAGAACACAACAGGAAUUGAAAAUGAAUCAGAACGCAGCUGAGCCUGUGGCAGCCGCCGAGACCCUGGCCGAGGUGCCUGAACAUGUGCUUCGAGGACUUCCGGAGGAAGUGAGGCUUUUCCCAUCUGCUGUUGACAAGACUCGGAUUGGUGUCUGGGCCACUAAACCAAUUUUAAAAGGCAAAAAGUUUGGGCCAUUUGUCGGUGAUAAGAAAAAAAGGUCUCAGGUUAAGAAUAAUGUAUACAUGUGGGAGGUCUAUUACCCAAAUUUGGGAUGGAUGUGCAUUGAUGCCACUGAUCCAGAGAAGGGGAACUGGCUGCGCUAUGUGAAUUGGGCUUGCUCAGGAGAAGAGCAGAAUUUAUUUCCACUGGAAAUCAACAGGGCCAUUUACUAUAAAACUUUAAAGCCAAUCGCGCCGGGCGAGGAGCUCCUGGUCUGGUACAAUGGGGAAGACAACCCCGAGAUAGCAGCUGCGAUUGAGGAAGAGCGAGCCAGCGCCCGGAGCAAGCGGAGCUCCCCGAAAAGCAGGAAAGGGAAGAAAAAAUCCCAAGAGAAUAAAAACAAAGCAAACAAAACCGAAGAUACACAACUGAAGACAAGUGAGCCAGAUUCCAGCUCUGCAAAUAUGAGAGAUUCUGCGGAAGGCCCCCAAGACGAAGACGAGAAGCCUUCAGCCUCUGCAGUUGAGCAGCCGGCCAUCCCGCAGGAGGCUGGGAGUCAGGAUGUGCUUCCAGAGCGCGGGGUCCCUGCCCCUGCCUGCGAGCCCCAGACUGGACCAGAAGCGGAGCUGGAAGCCGCACGUUGUGAGGCCAAUGAUGUGGAGGAGGAGGAGGAGGAGGAAGAGGAGGAAGAGGAGGAGCUGGAAGAUGAGGGGGACACAGUAGCUGACGUGCCAAAUGAAAGUUCCCCAAAGGAGCCUGAGAUACGGUGUGAAGAGAAGCCAGAGGAUUUAUUAGAAGAACCAAAAGCGCUUUUGAAGGAAACUCCCGAGGCCUCCCCAGAGGUAACCCCUGUUAGCACUGUUCCCAGAGCUAAAGAGGAGGCCAACGGCGACGUGUUUGAAACGUUCCUGUUUCCAUGUCAGCACUGCGAGAGGAAGUUCACCACCAAACAGGGGCUGGAGCGGCACACGCACAUCCACCUGUCCACCGUCAACCACGCCUUCAAGUGCAAGUACUGCGGCAAGGCCUUCGGCACGCAGAUCAACAGGAGGCGGCACGAGCGGCGCCACGAGGCGGGGCUGAAGCGGAAACCCAGCCUGACACCGCCGCAGCCCGAGGACCCCGCUGACGGCCCGGCGCCCGGGGACGCGGCCGCCCCCAGGGAGGACGUGCCUCCUCCCGCGCUUGGGCAAGACUGUCUGGCCUUGCAUUCGGAGAAAGCCUCGCAAGAAACGGUCCGUUCCUCUGUUGCAGAAGAGAACGGGGACGUCAAAGAGCUGCAUCCAUGCAAAUACUGUAAGAAGGUUUUUGGGACUCACACCAACAUGCGGCGGCACCAGCGACGAGUGCACGAGCGCCAUCUCAUCCCCAAGGGCGUGCGGCGGAAAGGCGGCCUCCUGGAGGAGCCUCGGCCCCCGGCUGGGCAGGCACCCCCUGCCCAGAGCGUCUACGUGCCCAGCACGGAGCCGGAGGAGGAGGGGGAGGCGGACGACGUGUACAUCAUGGACAUCUCCAGCAACAUCUCCGAAAACCUCAAUUACUACAUCGACGGCAAGAUUCCCACCAGCAGCAGCACGAGUAACUGUGACGUCAUUGAGAUGGAAUCCGGCCCCGCAGACGUGUACGGCAUAAACUGUCUGCUCGCGCCCGUUACCGUGGAAAUUACUCAAAACAUAAAGACCACACAGGCCCCCGUCACAGACGAUCUUCCUAAGGAGCCUUCCAGCAGCACAAACAGUGAGUCCAAGAAGCGCAGAACCACUAGUCCUCCCGUGUUACCCAAGAUCAAAGCUGAAGCCGAGUCCGAGCCCGUAGCUGCCUCCUGCUCCUUGAGCCUGCCCCUCAGCAUAGCGACGACAGAGGCCGUGUCCUUCCACAAAGAGAAAAGCGUAUAUUUGUCAUCGAAGCUCAAACAGCUUCUUCAAACCCAGGAGAAACUAACUCCCCCCGCAGGGAUUUCAGCCGCUGAGAUACCCAAGUUGGGUCCUGUUUGCGUGUCCGCUCCUGCCUCGAUGCUGCCUGUGACCUCGAGCAGGUUUAAGAGGCGGACCAGCUCUCCGCCCAGCUCUCCCCAGCACAGUCCUGCCCUCCGAGACUUCGGAAAGCCAGGCGACGGGAAAGCCACGUGGACGGAGGCAGUUCUAAGUUCCAAAAAGCCCAAAUUGGAAAGUCAUAGCAACUCCCCAGCCUGGAGUUUGUCUGGGAGAGACGAGAGGGAAACUGGGAGCCCGCCAGGCUUUGAUGACUAUAAAGUACCUAAAGAGUGGGCAGCUAGUUCUUCCUUUAGCAAUGUGUGCAACCAGCAGCCGCUGGAUUUAUCGAGCGGUGUAAAACAGAAGGCUGAGGGUAUGGGCAAGACGCCGGUCCAGUGGGAGUCUGUGUUGGAUCUCAGCGUGCAUAAAAAGCCUUGCAGUGACUCCGAAGGCAAGGAGUUCAAAGAGAAUCACUUGGUGCAGCCAGCCUGCAAUGCCGCAAAGAAAAAGAAGCCAACCACUUGCAUGCUGCAGAAGGUUCUUCUCAAUGAAUACAACGGCGUCGAUUUACCUGUAGAAAAUGCUCCGGAUGUGACCAGGAGCCCCAGUCCUUGUAAACCCCCAGAUCCCCAUCCGGAUCCUGACCUCCUUGGUCCUGACUCUGGUUUAUCUGCCCCGGCUGCUGAGUCUCCUCCUGAGGUUUCUCCUCGGUCACCUGCCCCGCAGACGUCUUCCCUUUCUUCUGGGCAGCUGCCGCCUCUCUUAACCCCAACCAAUCCCUCUUCCCCUCCACCCUGUCCUCCUGUGUUAACCGUGGCUACGCCACCCCCUCCCCUGCUUCCUACUCUCCCUCUUCCAGCCGCCUCCUCUGGGACAUCCCCUCAUGCCUGUCCUUCUCCUCUCUCGAAUGCCACCGCCCAGUCCCCGCUUCCGAUUCUGUCCCCGACGGUGUCUCCCUCGCCGUCUCCCAUUCCUUCCGUGGAGCCCCUUCCGUCUGCUGCUUCACCUGGGCCUCCGACCCUCUCUUCGUCCUCCUCCUCCUCCUCAUCUUCCUUCUCUUCGUCGUCGUCCUCCUCCUCCCCCUCACCGCCUCCUCUCUCCGCAGUCUCCUCUGUGGUGUCCUCGGGGGAUAACCUGGAAGCCUCUCUCCCCAUGAUCUCUUUCAAGCAGGAGGAGUUAGAGAACGAGGAUCUGAAAGCCAGGGAAGAAGCCCAGGCUGCCGCGGAGCGGGCUGUCGUUCAGGAGACAUUCAACAAAAACUUUGUCUGCAACGUCUGUGAAUCGCCUUUUCUUUCCAUUAAAGAUCUAACCAAACAUUUAUCCGUUCAUGCUGAAGAAUGGCCCUUCAAAUGUGAAUUUUGUGUGCAACUCUUUAAGGCUAAAACUGAUUUGUCAGAACAUCGCUUUUUGCUUCAUGGAGUGGGGAAUAUCUUUGUGUGUUCGGUUUGUAAAAAAGAAUUUGCUUUUUUGUGCAAUUUGCAGCAGCACCAGCGCGACCUCCACCCAGAUGAGGCGUGCACACACCACGAGUUUGAAAGUGGCACCCUGAGGCCCCAGAACUUUACAGAUCCCAGCAAGGCACGUGCGGAGCACAUGCAGGGUUUGCCGGAAGAUCCUUUGGAAACAUCUAAGGAAGAAGAGGAGUUGAACGAUUCUUCCGAAGAGCUUUACACGACCAUAAAAAUAAUGGCUUCUGGAAUAAAGACAAAAGAUCCGGAUGUCCGAUUGGGUCUCAAUCAGCAUUACCCGAGCUUUAAACCGCCUCCAUUUCAGUACCAUCACCGCAGCCCCCUGGGCAUUGGCGUGACGGCCACAAAUUUCACGACACACAACAUCCCGCAGACGUUUACCACCGCCAUCCGCUGCACCAAGUGUGGGAAGGGUGUGGACAACAUGCCCGAGCUGCACAAACACAUCCUGGCGUGUGCUUCCGCUAGCGACAAGAAGAGGUACACCCCCAAGAAGAACCCCGUCCCGUUGAAGCAGACCGUGCAGCCCAAAAACGGCGUGGUGGUUUUGGACAACGCCGGGAAGAAUGCCUUCAGACGCAUGGGGCAGCCCAAAAGGCUGAACUUCAGCGUCGAGCUCAGCAAGAUGUCCUCGAAUAAGCUCAAAUUAAAUGCGUUGAAGAAAAAAAACCAGCUUGUCCAGAAAGCAAUCCUUCAAAAAAACAAAUCUGCCAAGCAGAAGGCCGACCUAAAACAUGCCCCCGAGGCCGCCUCGCACAUCUGCCCGUACUGCAGCCGAGAGUUCACGUACAUCGGCAGCCUGAACAAGCACGCCGCCUUCAGCUGUCCCAAAAAGCCUCUUUCCCCUUCCAAAAAAAAAGUUUCCCAUUCAUCCAAGAAAGGUGGGCAUCCGUCCCCUGUGGGUAGUGACAAAAGCAGCAGCAGCAGCAGCCACCGCCGAAGGACCGCGGAUGCGGAGAUUAAAAUGCAGAGCGUGCAGGCGCCCCUGGGCAAGACCAGAGCCCGCAGCUCGGGCCCCACGUCGCUCCCGCCGCCUGCCUCGUCCUUCAGGUCCAAGCAGAAUGUUAAGUUCGCAGCUUCGGUUAAGUCCAAAAAACCAAGCUCAUCUUUAAGGAACUCAAGCCCCAUCCGAAUGGCCAAAGUGACUCACAGCGAGGCCAAGAAACCCAAAGCUGCAGCCAAGAACCACGCCGCCCAGCUCUCGGGCAAGACGUCUCGGAGCCUGCACGUGAGGGCACAGAAAAGCCGGGCUGUCCUACAGAGCAAGUCGGCCCUGGCUAGUAAGAAAAGAACAGACCGGUUCAAUGUCAAAUCUAGAGAACGGAGCGGUGGGCCGAUCACCCGCAGCCUGCAGCUGGCAGCCGCUGCGGACCCCAGCGAGAGCAGGAGGGAGGACAGCGGGGGCAAGCAGGAGCUGAAGGACUUGAGCUACAGUCUCCGCCUGGCAUCCCGGUGUCCUCCACCAGCGGCCUCGUACAUCACCAGGCAGUGUAGGAAUGUCAAGGCCACAGCUGCCGCCCAGUUCCAGGGAUCCCUCUUCAAAGAGUAGGUGCUUCACCUGCUCCCUGACAGCACCUGAAGUGACCUGGAAUCAGUGAAGCCAAAGGGACUGGCCUUCUGCCCUGCAGGGAGUACCGACCGACCUAUUCCGGAUCCAUGAGCCUGCGAGAGAGGGAGGGAGUGUGUGUGCGCGUGUGCGCGUGCGUGUGUGGUCUUCAGACGAGGGUCCCAAACCCCAGGGAGGCAGGAAGGCAGCUGACUCCACACGGCGGCGGCGGGUGACACUGGGUCCAGCCCCCUGGGACCGCGAUCUGCCGCUCAGCCUUCCUGCCGGGAUGGGGCCCUUCCUACUAUGCAAUUUUUCAAGAGCUCCUUGAUCCUGCUUUUCGCUUCUCCCGUUGUCUCUUGCCACGUCAGGGACCUGGGUCUGGCCCAGGGGUCAGCUCCAGCCAGGUCGGAGGAAGGAAGGGCUUGGGGGGGGGGGGGGGGGGCGGGGGGGAGACCCAGGUCCCCUUCCAGCCGGCCCGGCCCCGCCCUCCCUCGCUCCCCGACGUCUCUGGGAAUCCACUGCGUGCAGACACGUCGGAGCCUCGCUGAUCGGCCCCCGCGGCCGGCGCUUGGAAGCCUUCCUCCUUUGCCUGAGCCAUCUGAGCCGCUGGCUCUUGAGUCGUGUCCAGAUUUGCCCUUCAGUCCGUCCGCCUGAGCCCCGGGCGAAGGUGUCCUCGCCCCGUUUCUUAGAUGGGGCCCCUCCCUCGGGAGAGGCGGGGUCGGGAUGCCCGGCGGGGGGCCCCCGGGGAGACCUCCCUUGCGGGGCAGGUUGCGGAGGGUAGGGGGGGGGGCUUCCUUGCCUCACUUGGUGGGACCAUCCGCACCUUUCGUGUCUGAGCUUCUCAAACUGGCUGAAAAGGGAAACCAACCAACCAGACAGAAAUUGGGAAAAGAAAACUAAGUUGGAGGAUGCAAAAGCCUGGGGCGGGGGGGAAUAAAAGAUUUCCGGAGGCCGUCCAUCGCCUGCCAGGGAGCAGCGGAGUUGGCCGCGACUCUGGCGGAAUAGUCCAUGUUUCGGAGAAACGGGUGAGCUAAGCUAGGAGUUGGGACCCAGUUCAGUGAGGGUCUUGGGUUUUGUGCCUUUGGGGCAGACCCCAGACAGGGAUGUCUGAGUCCACUUUGGCGCUGUUUUCUCAGCCCCCUUUGCAGUGGGGAGACGUCACACCCAAAGUGGAGGGAGGGAAGUGGUACCAGAGGUCGUGCAAAAAAAAAAAAAAAAAAAAAACCCAGAAAAAAAAAAAAGGGACUUUUCUUCAGGGCUACUACGGUUGAUCUUGCAACUCUGUAAAUAUGUACGUAGACACUUUUCAAAGCACGUAUUUAUGUCCCUGACUGUACAUGCCCCAUUUUUAAAGUUUUAUAACUUGUGUUAUUUAAUGAGUCAGUCGACCGGCUGCAGCGUGGGGUCUGAGAAGCGUCCAGGAGGAAGGUCUCACGAUGUCCUCACACGGGCAGGAAAAGUGCCCAAGUCACACUUUGCCUGCGUCCCACCCAGCGGAGAAGCGUUGUUUGUUUUCAAUUCUCACCAACUGGAAUCCUUUGGCCCGCUGCUAAAACCAACCCUCACAAGCAUGAAAAUCCGUGGCUGUUCCUUCCCCUAAUGAUACAAUUUUGUCCCCUCGGUCCCCUCUUCGUGAUCUGUAUCCCAGCCUCUCAGUUCUUGAGGGGUUUUUUUCCCUUUCAAGCAGGGAGGAAGGCCCACGAACCCAAAGCUUGGGAAGUCACCUUCAGCCAGUGGCAAGUUUUGGAAAGUGUUGUGGGAGCCUGGGGGGGGCAUUUUUUUUUUUUUUUUUUUUGCAUGUGCAAACGUGCUGGUCAGCCUCCAACUCUCAGACUGUUGGCAAAACGGUCACGAAUGUUCCAACUAUGGGGGGGGGGGGGGUGGUUUCUGCCAAGAGCGGUGUUCCCUGGUCAGUGAUGGUCUUCGAGCGUGGCUUUGGAUGGCCGAAGAGGGCAUGUGAAGAUAAUUAACCAUGAACGUUAAUUUCUCUGCCACGUGAAGAAUAUUAACAAUAAAAGUGUGACGCACGAUUGUGAGGAA